AAAAGUUGAGAAGUUAGCUAGGGAAAUUCUGCUGAUCCAGUUAGAGUUACGGUGGGAGAGGUGGGAAUGGCUUAUGAAGAUAUUACUCAGGUUGUUCAUGUAAUUCCCUCUGAUGCUGAAAAGUUGCCCUGGCUUCUUGAGAAGCUACCUGAAAUGAUUGAUGAUGGGGAUGUUUUAGUGUUUGCCUCUAAGAAAACUUCUGUAGAUGAGAUUGAAUCACAACUGGUUCAGAAGGGAUUUAAAGUUGCUGCUCUUCAUGGUGACAAAGAUCAGGCUUCACGAAUGGAAAUUCUGCAAAAGUUCAAAUUUGGCAUUUUUCAUGUUCUUGUGGCUACUGAUGUUGCUGCUCGUGGUCUUGACAUCAAGUCAAUCAACUUGAUUGCUGCUGGUCAGAAUGUGUCAAUUGCUGCUGGUCAGAAUGUGUCAAUGGAACUGAUGGACCUUGCUAUGAAGGAUGGGAGAUUCAGGUCCAAGCGUGACGCAAGAAAGGGAGGUGGGAAGAAGGGCAGGGGAAGGGGUGGUGGUCGAGAUGUGCGUGGAGUUGAUUUUGGUUUGGGCAUUGGAUAUAACCCAGAACCCAACAAUUCUUCAUCUCAUUCUGUUCAAAGUAGAUCUGCUGCUGUAAACUCAAUGAGAACUGGAAUGAUGACACAAUUCAAGAGUAACUUCGUUGCUGCUUCAUCAAAUUGUCAAAGUCAGGGCUUUAGUAACGGUUCGAGUGCUCAUGCCAACAAGAGACCAACCUUAGCUGGAUUUGUUUCUGGUGGCACAAUUGGUGGAGAUAUAAAUAGAACUCAGCCCAGUUCAUUCAGUCCUACUCCUACAUCAGGAGCUAACACAACUUCACAGAAGUCAGGAGAAAACUCUGGUCAGAAGAACUCAGAGAGGUCACUUCCCUUUAAUGAACUCAUACAAUAUUGUUCCUUGGUGCCAGUUUUCUAAAUUUUGUGCUGAUUAGUGUUUUUUUCUUUUUGGAUUUGGCAUCCAGAGAUAGACCCAGAGAGAGGCGAAGGCCAUCUGGUUGGGACCGGUAACAUGCAUGAUACUGCAGUUAAAAAACGAGAACCAUCUUCUUGGUCAAAUCUUGAAUUGGUUGUCUGUAUAAUAAUCCUACUUGUAAGUC